AUGCCUUCCUUUGUUGCAAAUGCCAAUCAGCACACUGGUGUCAAAGCUCUCAUGGAUAAUGGCCUCGUUACCAUUCCUGGCCGUUAUAUCAAACCUCCCAGCCACCGAGCUGUGAAGCAUUUGAUCGUUCCCGGAGUGGAGAUCCCUGUGAUUGACAUGGCUGCAUUGGAGAGUGACCGAGAGGAAUUUGUUCAAACUUUGUGCAUGGCUUCGAGUGAAUGGGGCAUCUUUCAGGUGAUCAACCACGGGAUUCCUGUUGAAACGAUGCAAGGCAUGGUCUAUGGAGUGCUUGAGCUCUUUGAUCUUCCUAUUGAGGAGAAGAUGAAGUAUUAUACGGAGGAGGUGUUUGUGCCAGUGCGGUACUGUACAAGUAUGACACCUUCUCAAGAGACUCAUAUGGAGUGGCACGAUCACUUUCAGCACUACUUUUCAAACAGAGAAAAGGAGCAUCCAUGGCCGGAAAAACCAGCGUGCUACAAGAGGCUCGCUUCCAGCUAUGUUUCAAGCGUGAAACAUCUGAGUCAGACUCUGUUGUCGGCUUUGUCAGAAGGGCUCGGGCUGGAUUCAAACUGCCUCGCGAAAUCUUUUGGAGACUCAGAGAUGAUCUUGCGAUCGAAUUACUAUCCACCGUGCCCAAAUCCUGAUCUUGCUCUUGGAAUGAAUGGCCAUACCGACAGCGGCGGUUUGACAAUCCUGUUUGAAGAUCAAGUUGGUGGACUCCAGGCCAGGAAAGGUGAUCUCUGGUACGACUUGAAGCCUAUAAAGAAUGCAUUCAUUGUGAACAUCGCUGAUCAGCUUGAAAUUUUGAGCAAUGGCAAAUACAAGAGCAUUGAGCACCGGGUCCUUGUCCAGCCUGAUCAAACUCGUCUCUCCAUCGUGGCAUUUUGCAAUCCAUCGCGGGAUGUUGUGAUAGGACCCCUGCCAGAAUUUAUCGAUCAGCAAAACCCGCCGCUCUACAGGUCAACCUUAUACGAAGAGCACAUCACAAAUGUCUACACAAAAUAUUUGGAUGGCAAGCAUUCACAAAAGCUCCAAAUAAACUAAACCGCUCUGACUUGCAGUGAGCUGUCAUUAAAAUAAAAUAAUACAAAUAAUGAAAUAACACAAGACUAUUUA